UUUCCCAUACAGAAAGUGUCAAACAGGAAGUAGCAUGUGUAACAGUUAGUGAAGCUCAAACAGGAAAAAGCAACCUUUCGUUUCUUUUCGGUCAGUCAGAUGACAACUACAUCCGUUCUAAUACAAACUCAGCUCUUGAAGAGAAUCUCAUUAGGUUACUUAUUUGUUCACGGGAGAAGCUACUUCAUGCAACUAGCCAUCUUGGGGGAGAUGCUUGCCAAACUGCCUAUCCUCACAGACAGAUGCUUUGACACACAGACACUGUGAAAAUCUCUAGUGAUGAAGAAGUUGUCUGUGAUUUCCCAGUUUAAAGACUGAAACCUGCAAGCUCUACGAUCGAAGGACUGCAGUGAUUCCAAGUGGAAUGGGGUGCUGUAGCGUGACCCAGAGGCAUUCUGGGACUGACCAGGUUGGGCCUGAAGAAAUGGAGCUCUUGGAAAUAGGGAACGGAGGUAUAUGGUCUCUAGGUGAGACGAGCCAUCGUGUUCCACUACAAAACCGAUCAGGACAUUCUGUUGAUUCCUCCCCUCAGAGCCCAGUAUCCAAUGGAAUAUCGGACAAAACUCUGCAUGAGGCUGUACUUUGGGGGCAGACUAAAGAAGCUCUUCAUAGCAAGAUAUAUAAUGAUCUUAUAGACGGCUGGGAAGGACAAGCCAUCCACACCUACAGAGAAAUCAUCUGGUCCUCAGUAGCACAUCUGCACAACAGUCAUACUCAGGAAAGAAGCGAAAUAUAUCUGGUUUUGUUUUCUUUCCAUCUGCUAAUAUUAGCUGUGGACCAUGCUAAAAGAGGGUUUGUGUACCAGGGUAUUCUCCCUCUCUCAGGAAUGACCAUACAAGAAGUAAAGAACAGUGAAAACGUUUCAAACAUGUUUGAAAUUACAGCUCCAAUGGUUGAGCCUAAGAUGGUCAUCUGCACAAGUCCUACAGAGCGGAGGGUCUGGGUUGAUAACAUUAGGGACCGAGUGCAGAAAUCCAUGACGCAGCACAUGGUCCCCUUUCAGAGUGUUUUGUCCUCUCUGAUGCCUUUUGAUGAGAAGUGGAAGAAGAAUGAGCUGGAGAAGUAUUUGCUGCACAAUCCAAUAUGGAACUGGGAGGGAACUCCAAUCCAACACCUGGGACACAUACACUAUAUAUCUAUGGUUGCUGUCACCAACUCAAACCAGGAGGAAAAUCAAACAAGACUUCUGGUGCUGUUUCCCAGUGAGCUAGUUAUACUGUCCUUUGACUUUCAAAGAGCCAACAUCAUUUACGAGGGACGACUACCCCUAACCAGCAUCCAGGCUGUGGAGAAAUCAGCAGUGUCGGGAAGGCUGGAGUUUGAAAUUACAGGGCACAUGAUGGAGCCCAUGCUCGUGUCCUGCUUCUCUUCUGAAGACUAUGAGAACUGGCUCUUCCGACUGCAGCAGCCCGAACAAAUCUUCAGUGCCAUCACAGAACAGCCUCCCCCUCUGAUACCAAAGAAGCAGAAGAGUUAAUACUGUGGUACCAAGAUCAGAUGAAAGCUGUUGAGUUUGCACAUCAACCACAGUCACCUUGUAUAUAUUCUCCUGAAAAUGAUGAACAGAAAAAAAAACACGUGACUCCAGAUCAUCUGAGAGCAUGAGACAGUGUUUUUAUAGCCGAGCUAUUGAUGGCAUAUCAGCAGACAGGCUCUAGAUGGACUAGAGUUUACACUAAAAAUAUGGACAAACUGUUCCUUUCAAAGACCUGCUGAAUAACAAAUAAUGGAGAGUAUUUAUUUCAAGAAGCUGCUUGAAAUGUAUUUGCCCUCAACUGUAAAGCAGAGAACAGCAUCCCCCCCCCCAGAAAAAAAAAACCUGUUUAUGACAUGCCAUAGCUUCUUCUGUGAGACUUGUUGGAUCCCGCUAGGCCUCGAUUACUGCACUUUAAAAACAAAGUAUCUUGUUCUUCUCACAGUCCUGUCAUAUAUGGUUGCUAAAACUUGACUAUGUUGGUGUAACACAGAUAUGUUAAGAAUUACUCUCAGCUAAGAAAUAAAAAUGUAAGCUACUAAAUCUUCUGAGUCACGUCAAAGAAAUAAAGUGGUGGUGCGUGUUUAUCGAUGAAGGAACUCCAUAGUUCAAUGAUGUAGUUAAACUCAAUGACAAUGGUUUGGCUUCCUGUCAGAAAUAUACAUCUGCUAAGAAAACUUCCUUAAUAAAAAGCUGUAGUUCCAUAUGGCAAUGCUGUGAAAAUUGAAAAUGAAACGGGUCUGGACUAAAAAUGGACAAGAAACUAAAACUGCCACAAAAAGGGAUCUAAAACAGGACUUCUCUCAAGUUCCCACAAUGUGAUUCUAAACAACAAGAAAAAGGGCAUUAGUUAAAUUAACUGUGAUAUUCCAGACCUGAAUCAAGUUACUCUUUAUGUCAACCAUGAAAUGGCAAUGUAAUAUAACAUACAUAUAAAACAUAUUUAACAGCCUCCAUGCUUCAAGUUCUGUAUGACUGAAAUUGUUUUUUUUAUGACAAUGAAUGUAAUGUGAAAAAAGAGUGUGGUUAUUAAAGCGUAUUUGCUACAUAAAUAUGAACCAACAUCUGUUGCAUUUAUCAGAAAUAUUAAUCUGUCCGCAACACAUUCCACUCUUGGGACAUCAACAUUACCUCAUCAUGAAAUGGCACUUUUGCAUUUCAGCUGUUGGG